UCGGGUACGGACAGAUUUUUAUUUAUAAUUCUCCUACCUUUACGGUUCCGUUCCGUCCGCAAGCGAUUCAAUUCAGCGCUUCUGAAAGCCAACCCGAACCUGACCCAAAGUCCGAUGGCGAGCCUAUGGCGAGCCGCGACGGGCCAGACGGAGAAGCCCAAUGACUACGACGGAGUGGAGUUCUGGUUAAACCCUGAACGCACUGGCUGGUUGACCAAGCAAGGCGAGUACAUAAAGACGUGGCGUCGCCGGUGGUUCGUGCUCAAGCAAGGCAAGCUCUUCUGGUUCAAGGACUCAACCGUCACGCGCGGCUCCAGCCCACGUGGCGUGAUCCCGGUGGCUUCCUGCCUCACAGUCAAGGGAGCCGAGGACGUCCUCAACAAGCAGUACGCGUUCGAGCUGUCCACGCGCUCCGACACCAUGUACUUCAUCGCCGACUCGGAGAAGGAGAAGGAGGACUGGAUCAACUCGAUCGGACGGUCCAUAGUGCAGCACUCGAGGUCCGUCACCGACUCCGAGGUCGUCGAUUACGAUAGCAACAAGUGAUGGGGGAAGGGGCAAUUUGGUCAGAUUACUACUCUGAUGUGAGCCAAAGAGCUAUAGCCUAUAGUACAAUCACAAAGAGCUUUACAGCCUCUCUGGAGCUGUGUGGCAUUGCUCCUGUGGAAUUGCUUUACAAAAGUUAGCCAGCUUAGUGUCUGUAAGCAUUAGGAUAUGAUUGAUGGAGAAUAGCCCAACAUGACACAGCUCCCCUUGAUUUUUUUAAAGGUAAACGGUAAUCCCAGCCGGCAAGCAGAGAUUGCUAUUCUGAAAAGGUGUAUUUCUUGCAACAUGGGUGAGCAUAUUCCUACACAAGGUGUCAACAGUUUCCCCCAUCUCUGGAAUUCUAGGUUGAGGACGGUUACUCUCUGACAAUGUUGGCUGGCAACUAUACGAGGCCAGUUGACACAAAUCAAAGCUAAGUGAGUUAUUCCAUGAGCUUAGUGUGCUCCAAGAACAUCAUCAUCAUCUAUGGCAUCCUUGAAGGCAAUCAAAGCAGGUUUAGCAAUCUCAGUAAGCACAAGCCUGCGGCAGCUGCCUUAGUAGAUCAGACUUCAGAGUUCAUGCAGAAGCCCACAAUGAGGACAGCAGGCAUUAGUGUUAAAUAUCCCCUUGCCUUAGUAGAUUAGACUUCAGAAUUCAUGCAGAGUUCACCCUAAUUACCAAGCAGUCUUUGCUCUUAAUUCCAUAUUGAAAAUCUUAGUCAAGUAAUCUGAUCAAAUAAUUGCUUUGGCGUUAAAUAAAUGCUGGCCAUCCCUUGGUCGAAUUCGAAUGA